UCUCAGCAAUAUUAACGGCUACUAUUUCCAUUCAACUAAUUUUUGAAAAUUUUGUAACCGUGUAAAGAGGAGUUAUAAAAUUGAAAGAUCACAAUCCCCCCUCUUCUCUAUCUCCCUCAUUAUCUUUACAAAACAAAAAAAAAAACUAUUUCAAGUGUUUCUUGAUCUUCACUUCACAACUCUAAGAAACACGUAUCAGAAGUGAAAGAGCGAUAGAAGGAGAUAGAGAAAGGAUGCAUUGGUCUCUUUUGUAGAAAGCAGAGAGAGCCAUACAUUUCUCCAAGAUCUCUUGGAGGAAGAAUUCUUCAGAAUCUCAAGAUUUUUUAAGUGCUUAAUCGAAUAUUGAAUCCAUUUAGGAGGUGGUUUUUGCAAAAUUCUUGCAAAUAUGAAUGAUCUAAUGACAAGAUCGUUCUUAAGUUAUGUGGAACUGAAGAAACAAUCCCAAAAAGACCUUAAAGCCGAACUCGACAUCGAAUCAGGCCAGCUAAACCCCACAGAUGAACCAAACCUCUCUCAGUUCUUCCGUGAAGUCAAUGAAAUCAAGAUCGAAAUGGAAGAGAUUACCAAUCUCUUGUUUGAUCUUCAAACCCUUAAUGAAGAGUCAAAGUCUACUCACAGUGCCAAAGUUCUUCGUGGCGUAAGAGACAGAAUGGAAUCAGACAUAGUUGCAGUUCUUAGAAAGGCCAAGAUUGUGAAGGCAAGACUAGAAUCACUAGACAGUUCCAAUAUAUCGAAUUGCAAAGUCUCAGAAUUGUAUAGAGAAGGGAGUCCUGUUGAUAGGACAAGGAUAUCAGUCACCAAUGGCUUGAGAGUUAAACUUAGGGCGAUUAUGAAUGAGUUUCAGAUCCUGAGAGAGAAAAUUUUUUCAGAUUACAAAGAUGAUCUGAAAAGAAGAUACUACACUGCAGCUGGAGAGGAACCAAGUGCAGAGGUGAUCGAAAAGAUUAUUUCAGGAGGAGGGGGAGUUCAGAUGUUUGAAGGGAAAGGAGUGAUGGACUUGAAGAGUACAGAGAAACAUGAGGCUGUAAUGGAUAUACAGAGAAGCUUGAAAAGGCUGCAUCAGGUGUUUCUUGAUAUGGCUGUUCUUAUUGAAACUCAGGGAGAGAAGAUGGACGAUAUUGAAGAGAAUGUCGCCAAAGCAAGUAAUUUUGUAAGUGGUGGAACAAACAGUCUUUACUAUGCCAAUCAGAUGAAGAAGAAAAGGAAGACAUGGUGUUUAUGGGUUUUGGCUGUGGUGGUGAUCAUAAUUUUGGUUUGCAUUAUAUCUACGUUGGCUACUUGAGAGAGCAGGGAGGGGAACUAUUUGAGUACUGUCAAGUGAUAGUUGUUUUUGUUUCUAGUUGCUUGCCUGUAAAUUCAUGUCUAGUAGAUUUUUUAAUAGUUCAGAAGGGAUCUCUGACUACUUUACAGCUUUAGAUGGCUUUUUGAGUAGUUGAAUCGUGAAUGUGGUUGUCAUUUAGCUAGAUAGAUUUUGAGGUUCCGUUAAUUUGUCACCAAUGUUUCAUAAGCAAAAUUUAGGAGAAACAUUUUAUGAAUGGCGUGUCUACUUAUUCCUGUGUU